AUGCUGCGUGGGGUCUGGGUGCCUGUUCUGAAAGCUUCUGACUGUUUUCUGUCUUUUCUCUGCCUCUCUCAGGAUGAAGUGAACCAGAUUGUGACCAGUAACGUCCGUCUGAAACAGCGAUGGUUAGAUGUGAAUCUGAAGUGGAAUCCGGCUGAUUACGGAGGCAUCAGGAAGAUCAGAGUCCCUUCAGCAGACAUAUGGAAACCUGACCUGGUGCUAUACAACAAUGCUGAUGGAGACUUUGCCAUCAUCCAAUUCACUAAAGUCCUGCUGGAGCACACGGGGAUCAUCAUCUGGAACCCUCCGGCCAUCUUUAAGAGUUACUGCGAGAUCAUCGUGCUGCACUUCCCCUUCGACCUGCAGAACUGCAGCAUGAAGCUGGGGACCUGGACCUACGACGGGCUGCUGGUGGUCAUCAACCAGGACAGCGACCGUCCGGACCUCAGUAACUUCAUGGAGUCAGGGGAGUGGGUGUUGAAGGACUACAGGAGCUGGAAGCACUGGGUUUACUACACCUGCUGCCCCGACACGCCCUACCUGGACAUCACGUAUCACUUCCUGAUGCUGCGGCUGCCGCUGUACUUCAUCGUCAACGUCAUCAUCCCCUGCAUGCUGUUCUCCUUCCUCACCGGACUCGUCUUCUACCUGCCCACUGACUCCG